AGCACGUCGGCCGGAGCAGCGCAGCGCCCCGGGCAGACGUGGGCACCGGCCCUUCUCGGCGUGUUCUCGGAAGGGGCGACCGGUCCGCUGCUGGGAAGAGCGCGUCAGCCGCCCAAGGUGUAGCAAGGCAAACACUGUGAAGCUGUAAAGAUGGUGAGAAUUUUGGCUAAUGGAGAUAUUGUACAAGAUGAUGAUCCUCGAGUGAGACAGAACACUCAGAACUCAUCUCGGCUGGCAUUUUUCAACACAAUGUCUAAUGCGGGCCCAGCCCCGCACCAACGCUUCCAGCAGCAGCAGCCAUCGCAACAGCAGGGUGCUGGGCCAGGGGAACGCUCACCAUUUUCAGACCUCAACCAGCAGUUAAUAAACAUGGGAUUCCCCACCUGGAACCUCGGCAAUCAUGUGGUGCAGCCCUUGAUGUCGAUCCUGUUGCUGUUCCUGCUGCUGAUGUUUGGGAUUCGUGGCCUGCUCUUGGUUGGUCUCAUCUACAUCGUUUCCCACUUAAGCCAGCGAUGAUGGGGUCUUCUGUAUGGGCCAUGACUGCUGCCUUGCUAGAGCAGAGAGGACAACUUUUCUUGUCAGGUGUGGGUGGAUUGGAGAGAAAGUGUGGGUUGUUUACCCCAUUGUGUGUGUGUGUGUGUGUGUGUGUGUAACAUGCUUGGGGAACAGAACUGAACCUCUGGGACUGAUGUAGCUUACAAGCUCAUGAGGGUCGUGAUUCUUGCACAUGAACUACCUCCUGCUGAUACUGAUCAUUAGCUUGCUUUUUAUGGCACCUGUAACAGUAAAGUUGUUUUGCUCUGCUGCUCAGGAUCUCCUAGAUGCAGUGGCAAUCUAAGGGUUGAGGUGAUGGUAAAACCUCAGGUUGGAUCCAGACUCAUGUGACAGUUUCCACCAGUUCCCACCUUCCUGGUGCAGAUCCAUACCCCCAGAAGCAGCAAUUCAUGGAGAUCAGUGGGGUUCAAUGGGGAGGCAGGAAUGUUUCAUUCUACCAUUGGAAAAUUUAACCUGGGGCCAACCCGUUUGUUGUUUUUCAACUGAAGGACUGAGGAGGCAGCAGCUGGAUCUCUUAAGUAGUUGCAAAGUUAAGGAGAGUAUCACGGUAAAGAGUCUAUUCUGUAAGUGGCAUCAUUUUUCAUGUUUGAAAACUAAGCAAACGAAGCUGCUUUGGAAGAGCAGCUUUCAGUUGAGAUAGCAAAGUGGGCUUUAGUUAAAGGCAUAUCUAACACAUGCUGUUUUAGAAGCAUAGUUCCAGGUUUUUAAAAUAGUAUCAUGUUUGGAGAUUAAAACAAAGUAGUUAUAAGAGAGUGGGUCUAACUUAGGAGAAGUUAAACACAUCCUUUCCUGUUAGUGGGACUUGCAACCAUACCCUAUGUACACGAAAGUAAAUCCCAGUGACUUCUGUGGAACGUGCUUUCCAAAAAAUGUGCCUGGGAUUGCAGCCAUUUAUUUUGUUUGUUUGCAAUUUAUACCUGCCAGUGUAGUUCAUUGGAGAGCUCUUAGGGAGGCGUAAACAGCUGGCAGUAAAAUAUCAGAUCAGUAAAAUACCAUACUUUAAGCUCAAAAGAACAAUAGAAAGAAAUAAAAGUCUGCAACACAAAAAACCUAUAACAGUAAAACUAAGUAAAAUUUACUAAAUUAAAUUCUGGAAAAAAUCAGUGUGUCUAAAUGGUUAGAGAAACAGAAAGGCUUUCAUUAACUUCAUAAAAAUCAGUAAUGAGCAAGCCUCUUGCACUUCCUGGGAAAGGACUGCGGUAACACAAAUGUUGUCAUGGACCUCAUUCCCCCCAGUCAGUGGUCCUAUUGCACCUUUUUCUAAAUUGUAUCAUGUUGACCUGAUACAGCUUACAUGCAAGCUGGCUAUUGAAGCAGAAGGAGCACUGUGUACUGAUGGAGCUCUAUUUGCUAUAUGUGGCAGUGGGAGACUUUUGUAUUCUUGAAGCUCUAGAUUUCAGCCAGUGUUCAUGUAUCUUUGCCUUUCCAGCAUUUGAUGUCAUGGAUAUCUGUGUUCAGCAUGGACUUGUGCUCUUCUCAUACAGAGAAGUUGUUAGGUCAUGGUUAGAGAUGCCCUCCCCAUCUAACAUGAGAAAAGCAGAAGAAAGGUAGGCUUAGGGUGGACAAAUACAAGAAUUUUUCUUUUUAAAAUAUUACAGAAAUUGUUGUUAAUCUUCCAUAGCAGAAAAAUCUUAAACUAGAGAAGCGUUUUGCAAGCAAAACAUAUCUUUUGUAUGAACUUCUUGUUGAAGUUAGGAAAGCUUUACCUUUUAACCGGGGUAGGUGAGUGAGAAAUGUUUUCUUUAAAACAAGGUUGGACUUCAAGAUGAGCAAGUUGCUGCCUUGAUUAAAAACUAAGCUUAGUGAUUCUGAGCAGUCACAAGAAUGCCCAUACUGGAGCCUUGAUUGAAAUACAAUUUCCAGUCUGGGAGAAGUUGGAAACUUAUAUGUAAAUACAAGUCUUAGAUUGAUUUUGAUCUAGUUCACAGUUAUGGAGACCCCACCUAGUGAGAGUGCAGGGAGGAGCUGGUAGCUAAGGCAGCCUUCAUGUGGAAAAGUUAUUUGUGAUAACUGCUGUUUCCAUGUGGGAGGACCUGCACACGUGCUCCCUGAUUUGUCAAAUUAUAUGUCCAGUCUGUGUGUGGAGGGCCAAGUGAGGUGUUCCGAAUAAUCUUAAAAUACUGUGUGUUUGUGUGUGUGUAUGUAUGUGUGUGUGUGUGUUGCAAUGGGGGAAGCCUUACUGAGUGAAUGUACAGUGGGCUGAUAUAAAGUGGUUAUUCUAUUAAGUAAGCUGACUGGAAUGGUACCUCCUUAAUUGACUGCAUGUUUCUAGAUCUCAGUAGAACAUGGUAGGAGCAUUGCCCAAACCUCUUCCUUUGUUAAUAAUGGCUUCCUACUAAAACAACGUGGAGGAACAGAAUUCAAGCAAGAAAAUGCUCUUUGCAGUCUGCUGUUUGCAACCACGGUUGCAAAAUGUUCUAUAAUACAUAUCUUUUCUCUUUCCAA